CGGGAAAAGGAACAAAAAUGGAUAGGUGUCGACGUUCUCGAUUUGCAAAAACUUAAAAGGCAUCUUCGUGGUGGACAUGAAUGUCCAAUCGAUAACGUAAGACUCCAAAAUGAAAAAAGCAGCAGCGAAAGUCGUGAAAAAACCUGAAACGUCCAGGAAAAAGGCAAUAGCCAAAGAUGUUUCUUCGAGUAAAAAAAUAUCAUCCUUCUUCACGAAAAAGUCCCCAGAAUCGACCUCCAACACGAAUCGAACGCACGUGACGGAUUUAAAUCAAAAGACCGAUUCCAAUAAUAAGCGAAAAAUUUUGGAGUCUGAGGAAAACGGAUCCUUGGAGCACAACUUAAAGCUCAGAAAAAUCGAAUCUCACAGUGCAAUUACUUCUAAAACUCCACCAAAAGUUUCGAAAUAUGCGAAAGAUAAAGAAAAGUCGAAAAGUUACUCGAAAAAAAGAAAAAUAGACAAAACUUCCGGGCUUGGCACACCAAAUGAUUCCAAAAUUUCACGUAGUUUUUCGAAUAACAUUCUAACUCAAGUAUCUCCUUUAGAAAAAUCUAACAAAUCGCCGAAAGAUUCUCACGUAAAUUCCUCAUUCUUGGAUUCUGACUUAGUUUCUAAAAGUGUAUUAAAAGAAAAUGUCGUCAGUGACGAAGACUCAGCAGUAGCUUCCGAAUUUUCAUCUUUGGAGAAUAACGUAAAUGAAAUGGGAAAGUUAAAGUGCAUUUCGAAAGGAUUAAACAAGGAGAACAGUUUAGAUGUUAAGAUUUCCAACGUCAGUGAUAAAAAAAUAGAAGUAGAUGUUAAUUCAGAGGACUUUUGCUUGUCCGAUUUUGGAGAUGAAUUUGACCAGCUUUUGGAUGACAAUUGGGACGAAAUUACAGAAAGUAAACUCGAUCUUUCUGUGCUUAAACGGUGUGAUGUUUUGGAUGUGGUGAGAAGUGCGAGAGAUUUUAUUUUGGCUUUGAAGGAUUCAAAUUCUGAGAAAAAAGCUUCUGUUAAGUGUUGCGAUUAUUGGUGCGAUGCUAAAGUUGAAAAGGGGCAAGUUGUUACGGUUCAAGCAACAAAAAUUAAUGGCGAAUGGAUAGUAAGUAAUAGUAGCGGCUUUUUAAUUACCCAACCCGAUUUGCUCAUUUCCGGAACUACAGUAGUCGGUGCAUUAUUUUGCAACAGACGCAGCAUAAUACAAGAAAAGUUUCGUGGUAUCGACGCUCUACCUCAAGUUCAAUCAGAUCGUCCAUAUCUGACCACGGGACUUUUAGUUCAUAAUAUUUUGCAGAAGACCCUAGAGCUGAAAAUUGAAACGCUCGCCGAAAUUCAGAAAAUCUACGAAGAAAUUAUUGAAAGUUUUGAAUCUAUAAGUUUAAUGCAUCAAUGUGGGAUGUCUAUUCAGGACUGCCGUACUCAUGUAGAACCUUAUAUACCUCAAAUCUACAAUUUCAUUCAAACUUACAUGAAAGGAAAGAAUCAGUCGACAAGUAAAAAUUUUGAGGGUCAGAUUGAAACUAUUCGAGACAUAGAAGAAAAUAUCUGGCUCCCGAAAUUGGGGCUGAAAGGAAAAAUCGACGUUUCUGUCGAAGUGAAAAUACAUUCGAGACGGAAAAUUAUGCCCUUGGAGUUGAAAACAGGAAAGAGUUCCUUUUCUCCUGAGCAUAAGGGUCAAGUGAUUCUUUAUACGAUGAUGAUGUCUUUGAUAGGUCAACAAGUCGAUAGUGGACUUUUGUUAUAUCUUAAGGAAAAUGUGAUGAAGGAAAUAAAAAAUAGUCACCAUGAGCAAAGAGAUUUGCUAAUGUUGAGAAAUACUCUCUCUUAUUAUCUCGCAAAAAAAUCUAACGUAAACGUUGAUAAUUUCGAGGAUUUUAAGGAAUUAAUGUUGGAUUUGCCCGAGCCCAUUAAUCAUCGAAACGCUUGCUCGUCAUGUCCCGUUAAUAAUUUAUGCUGCAUGUAUCUUUCCCAUGAUGAGAAUUUUCGUCAAAAGGACUCAUCGCAUCCUUUGAAAGUUCUGAGUGAAAAAAUCCUGAGUCGCUUAAAACCAGAGCAUAUUAAUUACGUGAUGAGGUGGGUCAAAUUAUUGCAGAUUGAGGAAGAUUCUAACAGUGCGAAUUCCAUGAAAGACAUGUGGACACUUGAGCCUCGACAAAGGGAAAAGAAAGGCUCUUGUAUUUGUAAUUUGAAGCUCGUCAGCUUCGAAGAACAGGAAGGUCAAUAUUCUCAUACUUUCAAGAAAAAUGAAGAGGAUAGACUCGGCGCUUUUUCUAUUUCGGAAAUUAAUGUGGGUGAUUACAUUGUUAUAAAUACCAAUGAGAGAAUUAACAUUUCCACUGGAUAUGUCGCUGAUAUUAAAGACGAUUCGAUUAGUGUACUUUUAGAUAGAAAUCUGAUAAAGAACUACAAAGAUCAAGUUUUUCACGUUGACAAGUACUUUUCUAGUAGUAUCUCGAAUUAUAAUCGCGCAGCUGUCAGCGGACUUUUGGGUGAAGACGAAGUCUGUAGCAGAUUGCGGAGUAUCGUAAUUGAAAAAAAACCUGCGACUUUCGAACCACGUUUACACAAGAGUAUCUCCUCAAUUAGUGCGCCCAUUUUGAAGAGACUUAAUAGUCAGCAACAGAGAGCAAUUUUCAAAAUUUUGACAUCGAGAGAAUACGCUUUGCUGAAGGGAAUGCCCGGUACUGGGAAAACGAGAACGAUUGUAGCUUUGGUGGAAUUAUUAGUGAAAUUGGGGAAAUCAGUUCUGGUCACGGCAAAUACUCAUAGUGCGGUAGACAAUAUUCUAAUAGGUUUGAUGGAAAGGAAUAUUGAUUUUUUGAGAUUGGGUUCGCAGGCAAAAAUCCAUCCGUCACUCGUCAGUUACUCGGAAGAUGUCGUCACUUCUCAGUGCAAAACUCCGGAGAGUCUGCAAGAAGUCUAUGCUGGAAAAAAAGUUGUAGGCGUAACUUGCCUCGGUGCAUACCACCAACUUUUUCAGAGUAGAAAAUUCGACAUGUGUCUUGUCGAUGAAAGUACGCAAGUUCAGCAAUGUGCGGUUUUGAAACCUCUCUACAAUGCCACGAAAUUUCUUCUCGUAGGCGAUCCAGAACAAUUACCUCCGAUUGCGAGGAGCGAGAAAGCGAGGAAACUCGGCUUUAAUGAAUCGCUUUUUUCAAGAUUGGACAGUGAAAACAACACGAUUGUUCUUUCAGCACAGUAUAGAAUGAAUCGAGAAAUUAUGAAUCUCGCGAAUAAAGUGACUUAUAAUGAUCAGCUAGAAGCUGGCAGUGAGGAAAUAGCGAAUGCAUUAUUGCCUCUAAAAAAUAUUGAGCUUUUGGAAUCAUUUGAUUGGUGGCUUAGGGCAUCAUUGUCCUUGAAGCUGGAAGAGUCUGUGAUAUUGCUGAACACAUCUAUCCCAACAAGUUUGAAUCUAGAUUCCGAAUCGGUGAAAAAAGGCAGUAAAAUCAAUACGAGCAGAUUGGAAGCGGGAAUCGUCCAACGUCUCGUUAAUACUCUUCUAAAGAUUGGACUGGACAAGGAAGACAUUGGAGUCAUAGCGCCCUUCCGGGCGCAAGUGAGUUUACUUGGCAAUUCUCUUCCACAGGAUGUUGAAGUGAAUACUGUCGACCAGUAUCAAGGCCGCGAAAAGAACAUUAUUGUUUACUCAUGUACUGAAAGCUCACCUCAGGGCUCCACAAAUACAAGGGCAUUCCACAUCCUAGACGACCACAAAAGACUCACCGUAGCCAUGACACGAGCGAAACACAAACUCGUCAUAAUCGGCGAUAAAAAGAUCCUCGAGACUUAUUCACCUUUCGAGAAACUCCUCCGUUUUAUGAGGCAAGAAAAUAUCAUUGAUUUGUUCGAUCCGAAGAAAUCGUUUGACUGGAAAGAGCUUGUUGACUCGCUCAACAAGUCUCAAUCUUAGAAAAUAAUUGUGUCGUGAAAUUCAAAGUAAUCCGGAAUCCAGCUAACACUUAGACUUAGAAUUUGCCAACAGCGCCAUCUGCCACACGAAUUAUUGGGUAGUUUGAAAUUAGAGCAAUCUUAAUUAAAAAAAGCAGUGAGUAUAAAUUUGUUAUUUUAUGAAAAAUAAUAUAAUGAGAUUUAAAAUUAAUUAUUUACUACAAGACCUGGUCAAUAUUGAAUUUAAAUUCAAAUUUCUUCCCGAUAGUUCCAAAUUGGUGGCGCUGUCGUAGCUACUCAAGAGGCAUAUUUGCUUUUUUUGUACAUUUGUAUGUUUUUUACAUUCUUAUUUUAUUCCGAGGGGGUUAAUAAUUCGGAUUGUUUAUGCACACUAGAUUGCAAGAUUGCAUGAGAUUGUAAAAAAUUCCGGGUUUUUAGGAAAUUAAUUAUAGAAAAUCAAACAGAAAACGAUUUUAGGAUAAUCAGCAUUGAAAUAAAUAUAGAGAAAUAAAGAAGGAAUUAAUGCGAAAAGUAGAGAAACUAGAAACGAUUUUAUUUUAUAAUCUGUAGACAUUAUUUUAGAUCGCUUGAAAAUUAAUUAAAAUUAUUCCCUAAAGUUCUCUUAAAAUUCCUUAAAAUUUGUA